ACCUCCACUUCUGGGAAUAGUUCGUCACAUGAUUCUUUGGUCAAUAUUUGUUCCCAGACGGACUGAUAGCAUGUCAUUUACCCGAAAUAGGUGACCUCACUCGCUCAGAAAUCUGAGGUUAUAAUAAUCAUGGCUCCUCAAAGCAUUGGGAAUCUCCAUUUUCUCCCUGUUGUCCUCGGUUGCUUUGCAAUUAUUGCCGCCCUCACUGCUUAUGGCAUGGCAGUACACAGAGGGGAUGUCAAUGCUCUCUGGCCAUACAUAAGUGAUGCAGGGUCUCGUCCACCUGAGAGUUGCAUCUUCGGACAGUUUCUCAAUAUGGCGGCAGUGAUUGCAUUUGUGGCAAUGUACAUCCACUACCGACAUGUAAAAGAAUUCAAUGUCACAGACACGCCAAUUAUAUUAAAACUUAACUAUUGCUCCUUGUGGAUUGCGGCCUUCACAUGCUUGGGCCUCUCUAUGGUUGCUAACUUUCAAGAGACAAAUUCUUUGCCAACACAUUUGACAGGCGCUAUCAUGGUGUUUGGUUUAGGGACACUGUACUGCUGGAUUCAGGCCUUUAUUUCCCAUUUAAUGCGAAAUCAGGCGACCAGCUCUGCCCUUAGCUCUUGCACAAGAUUUAUUCUAUCAGCUCUUGUAACUCUGUUUUUUAUCAUCACAUUAGCAGCUGGAGGUGCUGCCACAGCAGCACACAAGGAACAGUAUAAGAACAUGAGCAACAUAUGGAAGGAAACAGAUGAUGGAUACAAUGCUCAUCUGGCGAGUACCUUCAGUGAAUGGUUAAUGUCCAUAUGUUUCCUUCUUUUCUUUUUGACAUACUUCCGAGAGUUUCAAAAGAUAAAUGUUAUCAUUCAAGUACAACCAAAGAAUGCAGAGAUAUUUUCCUCAGGACAAAGUCAUCAUGAUGAAGCUAGAAUAGUUGUUUAAAGUCACCUAAAGUGAUUUCUAUCACUUUGUGGAUGUAGUGAUUUUGAGAUUUAACUGUGUGUUUGUAUCAGGAAGGACCUAUAGUGCAGGUAGACUAUGAACAGCCUUACUGUACAAACAGCAUAGUGCAUCUGCAGAAUUACUGGUUGUUUACUUUCUUUUUUUUGGUUUUUACAAUUAUUUUCAAUUGUUAAUUAAAAGAAAUGUUCACGACUGAGUCUUUCAAGUUGCCCAUCAGAAACAAUGAAAGAUAAGUAGUGGUGGAAGGUACUGCUUAAAGGCUGUGAUGAGUACAAAUGAUACUGAAUGGUUGUAAAAUUUGUGCAUUUGAGUUUGUGCAUAAGAAAGUUGUAUGUAUAUAACUGUAGGGAGCUACAUUGAACUAUUGUAUCCACAUAGUGAUUUGUUACUGGACUAUUAAACAAAGUUAUCAUGAUGA